GGCCGGAUUUCUCCGAGCUGCGACUUUUGACUCCGGGUUCGGGGUCCUCAGAAUCUUCAUAUAUAAAGUAUACAGAAAUGAAAAGAAAAGUAGUGAAUGCUGGCAAGCUAAGGUUGAGUCCUAACGAGGAAGCCUUCAUUUUGAAGGAAGAUUAUGAUAGAAGACGAAAACUAAGAUUGCUACAGGUUAGAGAACAAGAAAGAGAUAUCGCCUUACAGAUAAGAGAAGAUGUAAAACAGAGGCGGAAUCAGCAAUUCACUCGUUUGGCAGAGGAGCUAAGAGCAGAAUGGGAAGAAUCACAAACUCAGAAAAUACAGAACUUGGAAAAACUAUAUUUGGCAAGUUUAAGAAGUAUGGGAGAAGGACAUCAACAGGCCAAAGAAAAUGAACCUGAUUUGGAGGCACUGGCGUGGAGGACAGCAGAAAGGAAAAGAAAAGCAGAUCUGAGGCAUAAAGAGGCACUGAAAGUACAGAAACAUCAAAGAGAAGUAUUAAUGAACCAAAAAUCCUGGCGUAUAAAAGCUCGAAAGGAAGCACUGAUGGUGGAAAAAGAGAGGUCUGCCAAAAUUACAAGUCUGCCCCCUCCUCCUCCACCUCUGUUUGAGAACAUCGAAGUAAAGAGAAUUUCUGCAGUGAAAACCAAUAGUUCUACCUAUCAUCACCUUUGCACUUUUGUGAAUAGAGAGAUGGACACAAAGCAGCCAGAUGCUCAUUUGGCUGCUGCAGAAGAAGCAAAACGAUUGGAAGAACUGCAGAAACAGGCAGCACAAGAGAGAACGCAACAGUUUGAGAAGGCACAUGUGCGGGGUUUCCAAGCAAUGAAAAAGAUCCACCUGGCCCAAAAUCAAGAGAAACUAAUGAAAGAACUCAAACAACUACAACAAGAGGACCUGGCACGUAGGAGACAGACUGUAGCACAAAUGCCACCACAACUGGUUGAACUUCCAUACAGACGCAGUGAAAUGAAAGAAGACUGGCAGAGAGAGUUGGAAUUCGCCUUUGAAGAUAUGUAUAAUGCAGACAGGAAGGUGAAAGGAAACCUGAUUUUGCACCUUGAACCAGAGCCUUUGCCCACUGUGACUGAUCAGAUCCAAGAUGAAGAACUGAACCUUUCAGUGGAACAAGAAAAUUUAGAUGAAGCUGAAAACCUUCCAGUGACAGAAGCUGAAAGAAUAUGUUCUAGUGAAACAGACGUUCCCUUGGCAAUGAAGACCCAAGAGAUCCCUUCAAAAGUUCUUUUCAAGAAAUUAUUAAAUAAGAUCCGAAGCCAAAAAUCUCUCUGGACAAUUAAAUCCAUGUCUGAGGAUGAAACUGAAAUGAUUACAAAUAGUGAAACUGGUAGUAAAGCAUCAACAGUCGAGUCAGGAACGAUUGUCAGCAAAGAGAGAGCACCAUCCUCUGGACAGGAGCAAGUUGUUGAGAGUGAUACACUGACGAUUGAGUCUGGACCACUUUCUAGUGAAGAUGAUAAACCACUUUCAUGUAGUCCAAACUCUGGAAAGGAACAAGAAAUAAAUGAGACUUCGCCAGUCACAGCUGUAGCUCAGAGUUCAGUUCUACUUCAUCCUCAAGAAGAAGCAACCAGAAUUAGAAUGUCGGCAAGACAGAAACAGAUAAUGGAAAUAGAAGAGCAGAAGCAAAAGCAGUUGGAAUUACUUGAACAAAUUGAAGAACAGAAAUUAAGAUUAGAAACUGGCUGCUUCAGGGCUCAUCUGGAAGAAGAAAAAAGGAAAACCACUCAACCGACAAGGGUUGCUGUUGCUUCAGCCUCAUGCACUACGGUUUGUGAUGAAGAUAAUCAUAGGCAGAUGAUUCAUAACUAUCAACAUCAGCUUUUACAGCAAAACAGGUUACACAAACAGUCUAUUGAAACAGCCAGGAAACGAUUACUUGAAUAUCAAGCCAUUUUAAGAGAAAGGUACCCAUCCAUGUCAGCUCCAUCAUUGAUCUCUGAUUCCACUGCAUCAGUACCACCACUGAAAUCUAAAAGACACACUGCCGUAUCAGAGCAUCUGGACCAAGCUCAGAGAUCCAAGCUGAGUCCUAACAAAUAUCAACCCAUACAACCAGCACAGAUGUCCAAAUCAGAACAAGAACAUUUUCAAGUACCAAGACAAAAUCACUUUCUACAAAAACAGAUAGAAACAGUGGAAACAUUAAGGAUUCCAGAUGAUUUAGCUAAGCAGUCUUUAGAAUCACAAGCACAUCUAGGGCAAUUCUCACAGACUGAAACACAACAAGACUAUAAAUUGAUCCGUAAAGAUUCUCAUACACUUUCAAGGGCUUUGUCGGAUGACAGGCCACUAAUAUUACAGGAUGUUACAAAAAUACCUGAAACAUUUAGGGCACCAACUCUUCAAACUUUAGAUUUCCAGCAAAUAUUCUUGGAGAAUAGUGAAAAUGCAUCUAAGCUAACUGAACCAUCUUCAUUCUUCCCACUGAUACCUCAGCGUUCUUUUGGACUUCUGCCUAUUAAGGUUGAAUCUGGAAAAUCGCAAGAACCCUUGUCAACCACAAGCAAAAGUGCAGUUUCCACAGGCCAUUCUGUAAUCAGCCAAAUGCAUGAUAGGUCUUUGCCAUCAUCAGAGAAUAUCGCAGCACAGCAAGGUAAUUUGAAGGCUCUGCAAGAACAGUUAGACCAACAGAAGGAAGUUCUUCAGGCAAGACAGGAAGCUCAAGAACAAUUACUUUUGUGCAAACAGAAAGAAUUGGAAGAGCAAAUGGGCCUCUCUUUGUUCCUUCCGUUGGUAGCUCCAGAUUCAACUGCUUUACUGCCUUUUGCCAAAGCUGAACUAGGGAGAAUCCAGGAAUCUGCUCCAGCCAAGAAAGACACUGCAGUUUCAUCAGAACAUCCUGUAGUCCCACAGGUUCAGAAUAGGCUUUUAAAUCUUUUAGAGCCUAUCUUACCACAGCAAAGUAAUUUAAAAUUUCUCCAAGACCAGGUGAACAUUGAGAGGGAUAACCUUCAGGCAAGACGGGAAGCCCAGGAAGUGUUAUGUUUACAUAAACAGAGUGAAUUAGAUAGAAGAGAAUGGUCUGAACAGGCCGAGCCCUCUUCCCUCCCGUUUCUGGUUGCUCAACAUACAUUUACUUCGUUAUCUUCUGCUGAUAAAAAAUUUGGCAGUGUCUGGGAGCAGUAUCCAUCUAAGAGUGAGAAAGGACUUCUCUCAAGCCAGGCUGAAAUCUCAAAAUCUCAGGAUGGGUCAUCAGGUUUCCUACAGCAGUUCCUACCUCCACAUGGUAGUUUGAAGUUGCUCCAAGAACAGCUGACCACACAGAGGGAUACUCUUCAGGCGAGGCAUGGAACUCAGGCAGAAUUACUUUUACAUAGGCAAAGGGAUUUGGGGGACACUAAGUCCAGGCAGAUGAGUUCUUUCUCACCAAUGGUUGUUCAACAGUCAGUUGCUUCACAAGCUUCCGCUAAAGCUGAGCCCAGGAAAAUUCAGAAACAUUACUUUUCGGAGGAGAAUAUAAUUCCUUCUAGUCAUUUGAUAACCCAAACACUUCAGGAUAAAUCUUUUACUUUCCUACAUCAUACCCUGCCGAAGCAAGAAAAUUUGGCAGCAUUCCCAGAACAGUUACAUACAGAGAGGGUGAUUCUUGGUGUUAAAGAAGAAACUCGGGAAUCUGUACACAAACAAAGUGAGUUGGAAAAAAGAAUUUCUUAUGAACAGACUGGAACCUCUUCCUCCCUGUCCCAUGUAGCUGAAUCUGAGAGCUUCCAGGAAUAUACAUCAAUCAAGAAGGAUAGUACUGUUCCAGUAAGCCAUUCUAAGAGCCCAAGAUUUCAGGAAAGACUUUUGAGAUUUUCACAACAUAUCCUGCCUGUACAAGGUAAUUUGAAGGAACACCAAGAAUGUCUAAACACUGAGAAAGAAGCCUUUCAGAAAACUCUAGAAAAUACAUGUGAACAAACUGUUUCAUCUUCAUUCAUACCUCAGUUAGUGCAGGUUUCAGUUACUUCGUUACCUUCAGCUGAGUCUGGUACAACCCUGGAACCCCUUUCAGCAACAGAGAAUGAUAGAAUUUCUUCAAGACAUUUUCAGAUCCCACAGUUGCAGGGUAAGCUUUUGAGAAUAUCACAACUUAUCCAGCCUCAACAAGAAAACUUGAAGGCACUUCAAGAACAGUUAGCUACACAGAGGGAAGCCAUCAUUCAGUCUAGACGAGAAGCUCAGGAAGAAUUGUUUUUACAGAAACAGAGUGAGUGGCAUGGAACAGUGUCUCCUGAGCAGGUUAGCACCUUUUCCUUACCCCUGGGAGUCCAGCAUUCAGUCACUUCCUUACCUUGUACCGAAUCUGAAAACAUGCAGGAACCUUGUUCAACUAACAGUGAUGAUACUGUCUCCUCAGGUCAUUCUGAAAUACCAAGAUUGCCUGAUAGGCUCUUGGGUUUAUCACAUCCUGUUUUACUUCAAGAAAAUUUGAUUGACCCUGGAGAACACUUACAUGCACAGACAGAGUCCCCUCCUCCUUUUGAGAAAACCCAAAAAGAAUCUUUUUUGCCAAAACCAUGUAAAUUUGAGGAAAAGGUCUUUUCUGAGCAUCUUAUCCAACAACCUUGCCAUGGUGAGUUGCAAACACUUCAACAACAGUUAGCUACACAAAGGAAAGCAAUUCAGUCUAGACAAGAAGUCCAAGAAGAAUUGCUUUUGGGAAGGUUAAGUAAUUUGGAGGAAAGGGUAUCAUCUGAGCAGAUAAGCCCCUCUUCAUUCUCACCUCAGGUAGCAGUGCCCAUUGCUGACUCUGAAAGAACCCAAAAGUCUUUCCCAACCAAAAAUGACAACACUACUUCCUCAAGUCAUUCUGAAAUCGCAAGAUCACAGGAUGGGCUUUUGGGUUUCUCACAGCCUUUGCUGCCUCAGCAAGAUAAUUUGACAGGGCAAUUGGACUUACAAAGGGAAGUGGUAUAUUCUUACAACAAACCCCAGGAAGAACUGAACACAAGUGAAUCUGCUGAGCAUGCUGUCCCUUCUUUGUUCCUACCCAAGGAAACAGAGCAUUCAUUUAUUCCACUACCAUUUGCUGAAACUAAAUCUAAAAGCAUUUGUGACCUCUAUUCAUCCCAGAAUGAACAUGCAGCUCUCUUAGGUGAUCCUAUCCUCCCGAGAUUUCAAGAUACUCUUUUGAGUUUUUCACAGCCUAAUUUAGCUCAGCAAGAUAAUGUGAAACUUCAGAAGCAGCUGGAUCUACAAAAAGUGGUUCUGCAUUGUAGCCAGAGAACCCAAGAAGAAUUGCUUGUUCAGAGACAAACAGCAUUGCAGCAGCAGAUACAGAAACAUCAAGAGACUUUGCAAGAUCUCUUUAAAGACAGUCAGACAAUGAAGCCCACAGCUGAAAGUGAUUUAAAAACCCAGAUGAUGGGACAGCUCAGAGAAUGGCUUCCUCCUGUCCAAGACCUAUUUAGAGAUGAUCAGGAAAACAUUAGUCAUGCAGAUAGGAGCAACUCUGAUGGUAAUCAGCUGGUUUCAGAAGAUACCAGUGCCAAGCCAAGUGGCGAGCAUUUGGAUAAAGAACUGAGUACUCGAUCCUCAAAGCCACCUGUAGCAAAAGUUAAAUGUGGUUUGGACUUAAACCAACACGAACUUAGUGCUAUACAAGAAGUAGAAUCACCAGCAAGUGGCAGAACCUCUAUUCUAGGUAAACUAGAUUUUUAUCAAGACAGAGACCCCACAAGAGUCUCAAUAAGCCGAGAACAAGCUUUUCUUGGGAGCCCACUAGGCUAUAAUACAUUUGGUUGCCUUCAAACACAUGCCCAAGAGAAUGUAUGUGGUGAUGACUAUGAUGAACCAGUCAAGGUCAAGAAGUCUGUUGAGAAUCAUGCAGUAUUAAGUCAUGCUGUUGAGAAAGAAGGGUACACGUAUCCGGGUCCAACCAUAAAGCCAGAUAAUGAGGCUAAAACACAAGAGAUUUCUCAUGAACCAUCAUCUUCAGUAACUGUUUCUACUGGGAGCCUUUUAAGUAAUGACAACUUAGAUUUGAGCCUUACAGAUGCAGGUUCAUUUGCAGAGCACAUGGAUGACAGGGAACAAGAAUCUACCACCAAAAAAGAGGAGGAAACAAGUAUUUUAAAUUCUUUAGUUCCUUCAAUACAAGUUAUUUAUCAAUGGCAGAACUCUUCAGACAAUCAUAAAUCUCUUUUACCUGCAGUGGAAGAGUUUACAUCUGGUCACGUACACUCUCAGCAGAUCACUGACAAGUACAUAAAUGAAGCAGAUUUGAUACCGGCAAAAACAGACCUGCGGGUUGACCUUGACUUUCCAGAACUGGAACACAUUUUUCCAAAUUUGCAUCGUCAGCUAUUUAAACCCUUAGAGCCACAUCCAGAUUUUGACUUAUCAUCAUCAUCCUCCGUGAUUUCUCAAGACAACAGAGACUUUUACCAGAGCUCGGAGUCAUUGCAAAGCCACCAGGCUACUGUAUCAUGCAAAAGUACAGUUUCUUUCACAGCAUUGAGGAGCACCAGCCUGCGUUCUUCUUUUAACACAAGGCUGAAUCAGCAAAUUGACACUAACUUGGCUCAUGCUGCAGCUCAGAGUUUUGCUCCAGAAAAUAUUAUUGAGGGAUCUGAACAAUCUUAUCAACAGCUUCUGCCAGAAUUUUCUUCACAGGAGGGAAGUGAACAUGCUGAUCUACCAAGUAUUUUUAGCAUCGAAGCAAGAGAUUUGUUCCAAAGCACAGAAAAUCAGAACUAUUCCUCUGAGGAACAUACUGAAAUAUUACUAAAUAAGAAUAAAAGCAUUCAUUUCCAGCUCUCUGUAGAAAAUACGAGAAGUUCAGUCCACAGUCCAUCUGAUGAGGCUAACUUAAAUGUAUUUGGUCAGUUAAACACUCAACAUAGUGCUCCUUGCGGUUCUACCGCUGGUGAGGGCUCAACAAAACAGCAACUAGAAAGCAGAAAAGAAACACUGGGCCUUGAAGGACUACCAGAAAGAGGGGUUACCAUGUUACAAAGUCAAGAACUCAUUGAUGAUAAAAACAAAGCCUGUGGAGUUUUAGACGUAAAUCCUCAUGUAGACAAGAUUGACUCUCCAGUGUGUGUAACAGUGGAGAUAGGAAUUUCAAAUUCAGCUCUAACUGAAACUCCAAAAUUCCUGAAAAAUCUUUCUCAACUAGGACAAUCAGAGCUCUCUGGAAAUUCUGGAUCAUUUUCAUUACAGAAUUCCAUUCCAAUCUGGGAAACAGAAUCUGGCCAUGGUAUAAUGGAAGAACCAGAACUUACUUUAGUAAGCACCAGUGAUAUCAGUAUUGCUGAAACGGAUUUUGCAAACUUAACACUAGAAGAAAGAGAGCGAGAGGCAGAUAGUUUCCAGGUGAGUGAAUGUCUGCCUCCUGCAUCAAAAACAGAUGCCUCAGAUUAUCCAGCUGUGUCAGAGCUUUCAAUGGAGAAGCCAACGGUGUCUACAGAGUCUCUCCUAGAGAGUUUACAAGAAGCAUUUGUAAAGAGAAAAAAAUCAUUUAUGGAAAGAUCCUACCAGAGGCAGAAAGAAAUAUGGAAUAAAAUUUAUGUGAAUUCUCAAAUCAAACUAGUUCAGGAGAAACCAACUAUAGGUUCAUCUGUUCAGCGGAAGGGUGUGACUAAAGAUGGAGCCUCAGUUUCUGAAGACAGAAAAACCCUCAUGCAACAGAGGGCACUAAGACUACACAAUCAAUUUGCUGAAGUGAGACAAAAGGAAGAGAAAUCAAAGCAAGCAGCAGCUUAUACCCAAAAUAGAACAAGGGCAAGAGAAUUUCAUAAGGUGAGCAGGGAGGGGGCCCCAGUUUUUCAAGCUAAACAAUUGAAACUGCUACAUUUUUUUAUUCUUUCCACAGAAAACACUAGAGAAACUUCGAGCCAAAAAUACAUGCUGACUUUCUACAAAUGGUGUAAAAGUUGUUUUUUUUUAUUAUGGCAGUAGGAAAAAUUAAUAAAUUUUUAUUCAAGGAA